GCGGGCAGCGACGGCGGCAGAGGCGGCCGUGGUGGCAGCCGGGUGGCAGAGGGCGGGUGUGUGUGGCCGUUGUCGCGCGGCCCUGCCAGCGCCUCUCGUUGCAUCCCGGGGCGGGGGGGGCGCCCCGCCGGUAGUGCCAGCGAGGCUGCGGCCGUGCCGCGCUCCCCGUUGCGUUGCGGGUGGUGCGUUGUGCGGCUUGCCCGAGGUCGCCGGAGACGGCAGCGGCGGUGGAGAGGGAGGUCUGCCUCCCUCCCUGCGGCGCGAUGAAAGCCGUGAGUCCUGUCCGACACCCCAGCCGCAAGGCGCAGCCCGGCGUGGCGGGCGGCGGCGGGGGACACCCGGCCCUGCGGUGCCUGGCCGAGCACAGCGGCUGCAAGGGGAGCCCGCCGUCGGGCGAGGAGCCGGCGGCGCUGUGCCUGCAGUGCGAUAUGAAUGACUGUUACAGCCGGCUGAGGAAGCUGGUGCCCACCAUCCCGCCCAACAAGAGGGUCAGCAAAGUGGAGAUCCUGCAGCAUGUCAUCGACUACAUCCUCGACCUGCAGCUGGCUCUGGAGACGCACCCGGCGCUGCUCCGGCAGCAGCAGCAGCAGCCGCCCGCCCUGCACCCGGGCAGCUACCCCGCGGGCACCCCCAGGACCCCGCUGACAGCCCUCAACACUGACCCGGUAAGAGGCUGGCUCUGUUAACAAGCCGGGGGACAGCAUCCUCUGCCGCUGACCGCCGCUCCGCAGGUGUGCGGAGGCACCGCGGGGGGCGGGCGGCGGGGGGGGUGGUGGGGGCCGGCCCCGCCGCACCGGAGGAAGGAGCCAUCCAACCCCCCCAUCCCCAGCAAUUCCCAUGCUUCAUCCCGGCAGACCCAGCCUUUUCACCGUUUUGCACGUCCGUAGCGGCCCCCCCGUCCCGUCCCGCCCCGUCUCUUCUCUUCGCUUCCCAGCAGAUGCGAGCGGCGCGGCCGCGGUGCAGGCGCCUGGUGGACUCGAGCAGCAAAAGUUGCCACUCAGCCCCUGGUUAGCGAGGACCGAGCCGAAAGCAGACUUUAGAAGCGUUAUAACUCUUUAAGGGGCCGAGCAGCUGAAUCUUGAAGCUUUACUAAUCUACCAGAGCAUUUGUAGAUAUAUUUGACAUCUAUUGUUUAAAAUAGAUGGAUUUUAUUGGGGCCCAGGGAACUUUCUACUCCCUGCAGGAAUGUUACAUAUUGUAUAGUUAAAUGAGUGACAUUUCAUACUGUGUAUAUAUAGAGAUGUUCUAUAAGUGUGAGAAAAGUAUAUGCUUUAAUAGACUGCUGUAAUUAUAAAAUAUUUUUAAUUAAAUAUUUUUUUGUAAAUAUUAUAAAGGUGUGUAUGUUUUUUUUAAAUCUGUGGGAUUAUCUCUUUAGAAAAACCACAGCUCAAGUACAGAGCUGCUAAUAUGGAAGUAUCUUGAAUGUGUAGGGCUUUUUUUUGUCCCCAAAUGUCCUUUAGACUCAGAAGUUACAGCUAAUAGCUAGUGGUCCUGCAUGAUUGCAUGAGAUGUCUAAUUGCAAAUAAACUUGUUUGGAGUUCAUACAAAUGUGUUUUCCUCAAUCUAGACUUAAAAUGUUUGUAAGUGUAUUAUACAUUUUGAGACUACACUUUUGUCAUUUAGGCACAGGGGUUUUUAGUGCAUUCUAUAAAACUAGCGGUAAGAUAUGUAGUGGUUUUUUACUUAGAAAAACAAAUUCUAUCUAGUUUUUGCAUUAUGGGGGCGAUGCUUUAGAUCUUUAAUCAGCUUUUUUUAAAAUCUGCUGUUGCAUCAGAUCAAGAGUUGUUCUGGAACUUCAUUUAGCACCAAAAGGUUUUAUUGCAAACUUGCAUUCCUACAGCCUAGUGAUCACUUAAAAAGUGAAAACAGUUCUCUGCUUGCAACCAAAGGGCAAAACCAUUAACAAAACCAGUUGCUGUUUCCUUCGUCCAAAGAGUAUUAAUACCGAACUGCAGAAAGGCACAUGGGCAAAGUCAUUAUGAUCAGUGAUGUAAAUUCAUCUUAAAAUUAAGUAGACCAAAAAUCGGAUAACUGCGUCAAGAUUAUUUUUCUAGUACAAAAUGACUUACGUUUACCUGUAACAUAGCUGCAGUGAAAAUCCUGUUUAAUCUCUGUGAUGUGUAACUACUACAUGUGAACAUUAAACUAGAUUUACCUGUCUUUAA